CAUCUUCCUCUUGGGUUAGCAGCCCAAUAAUGCGGUCAGCAAGCUAUUUGAUAGUUUUGGCGCUGUGGGAAGCUUCUAGGUCUUGCUGUAAAAGGAAAUAAGAAUCUCUAUAAAGCCUGUCAGCAGUGGAAAGCAAGAAGUACUCUAAAAUCUAGUGGUUCAGUAUUAGGAAUGCGGCAGUUGUAGCUCCUUUCCUAGUACUGAGCCACUAGAUGUCCAUGUGUGGUGGAUCUUAAUCCUCUGUCACCGGCCUCAGUUCUCUGUUUGCAAAGCUCUCCCAAGUUCCUGAUUUGACUUACCUUGACAAUCUUCUCUUUAUAUCACACUUCCCUUUUAGACAGAUGUUUAAAUACAGCAGUCUGCAAACAGCUUGCCUUUUUCACAAAUGAGACUUAACCUCUUGUGGAGGAUAACCAUCAUUAUCUGCAAAACUGUCAAGUCAGUAGUCCAUUUUUUAAGUCUUGAAUAAUAAAUGUACCUUUUUCAAUCAAGUUCACAAUACUAGUUAAUCUAUGAGUAAUUCAGAGUUUGAGGCUUUUUAUGUAAACAGAUUGCUAAUGGCACAAAUGACUAAGGAUAAUUGACAAGUAAUAAUUCUUACUUACCAGUACUGGACUCAUAGUAUUAUCAAACCAGAAGGUCAGAUAUUUGACAAUAGCAAGUAAUACGAACACAAUUAAGGAUAUCACCUUGUUCUAUUGGAAAAUAAACAAACUUUUAUUGAUUUUAACAAUAUAAGAAAAAGAUAUUGCCCAAUGGCUGUUAUUUGCAAAGUGCUAAGGCAUUCACAUCCUCAGCAAUGUUUUAUAAACUCUGGAAAGUAAGAAACAUCGAUCAUGCUACAGUAGUUUGAGCAACCUCAAUCCAGAAGGUGGCGCCAUGAUAUAAAAAACCUGUAUGUGUAUGUGUGUGUGUGGCAUUAAAAAACUUUAAACUACACUUGUUUUGUCAUGCGCACACAAGUGACAAGUCCAUAUAGGUUCUACAGAGUGGUUUUUUUUUUUUUUUCAGGAUGAUAAUGACUCCAUCUGUAGGACACGGAGGAUCACUGCCUGGUUUAAAGGGACAGCUGUUAGCAGUCACCCAAAAAAUGAUCAAAACACCAGAUUAGGGAAUUUCUUUUGUAGGAAUAGUUUUUGCUUUCCUCCUGGAGAGUUCCAGAGGCUUGGAUAAUCAAUGCAAAAAGCACAAGAAGAUGCUCCACUACACGAUAUUAUUAUGGAUAUCUUUUAUUCCCAGCCAAGUACCAAAUGAACAUAAGAAAAGUACUCCUUCUCCAAGUGCUCUCUUUCCCAAGGCAGGGACCUUUUGUGAUCCCUUGGUCGUAUUGAGUUGCAAUUCCCUGUAACUGGAGGCAAGCUCACAGGCACGGUGGCCUCACCAUCACUUAGAGGGGGUUCACAUGUCCAUUCAUCAGGCUUUUCUCAGUAGUGUUUUCCUUUGCAGUAACCGUUCUUAGAAGUGUUAGCGAAUAUGAAUGAAACCUCUGUGUUCUCCUUUCAGUAGGUCUGACACACAAACAAGCUCAGUGUUCCUGCAUGUAGUUAACAUUAGGGUCACAACAGUUGUUUUUUAUUGGAAGCAAGCAUAAAGAUGGUAAAAGCCCUGUUUCUUUAGAAAGAAGAGUUUAGUGAGUCCAGCAGCAACUGAAUUUUGAAUAUUAAAUAAAAAGUUAAUAAUUCAAUAUCAGUUGAAAUGAUUAAAAAUGAAUUACAUUUGCUCUAAAAGAUAUUGCCUUGUAGUUGGCAAAUGGUUUCUGUCUGUUUGACAUUGCUUUACAGUAUCAUAUCAAGUCAGUUUUGAGACCUGUGAUUCUGAAUAGUUUUUUCCCCUUCUUUUCACUCCCUUUUUACCAAUUGAAUGAAUGCCAUUCUGUCUCUGAAUGAAACCCCCCCCCCAUCUGAUAUGCAACAACAAAGUCUGCCUCUAGGCUACCUAACUGCAGGCAACUGUUCAGAGAGUCCAUUUCAUGCCUACGCUGAAUAACCUCAAUAACAAAAUCCAUGUCGAGAAUAUAAAACAUACUGAUUCAGUAAACCAUAGCUGGAUAUACUAUUAAUGCUUUUUACCUGGUAAUUUUUCUUCAACCGUUUGCUUUUUUCACAAGCAAAUAAAUAGAAAAGAAAAUGUAAUCUGCUUCACUCUCAAGUGCCACGAAACUUUUUUUUCCUCCCCAGCUGCAGGAUUUGCAUAGAGUGAUGUCAAAGAGGCGUGUCAGUCAGGAUUACAAACUGAACAGAUUGAGUAAUCACCAUGGAUACAGCUUUAAUACUUUACCAUUUGUUGGGCUUGUGUGGGGGCUGCACAGUUCUGGGAUUUUACCUUUUGGUGCCACGUCUGUUUUGUGUGCUAUUAUUACUUGAUUUUGUAACUAUGGUCAACAAAGAGGUGCUGAAGAAGUAAACUUUAUAAUGGAUUCUACCGGAUGUAGGAGGAAAUAUAUAAUUAUUAUUAUUCACUUUGUGGUAAGUUGGCCUGUUGGUUGAUGUGUUUUGAUAACUGGCUUCGAAUUUUGUUUAGAUGUCUAUUUGUGUUUAAGGCUUCCAGCACAUUUUACAUAUCUCCAAUAAUUUCAUUACUUCAGAAGUUGACAAUUUAUGCUUGCUUCAAAACUGUGACUCCUUGCCUUCUUCAGGUGUUUAUUACUACAUCAUCUCAUAAACUUUCAUCUGGAAAUAGGGUGAAUGUAAGUAGUGUGAGGGAGCUUGCAGAUAUCAUACUAGGGCAGCAUACGCUCCCCUCCUGGUAUCCUUCGUCUGUUGAUGCUGUGCUGGAGCAUGGUGAAGUAAGCCUACACCCUCAUAACAGAUGGCAAACACAGAUGGCUUUCUCCAAAACUGUUUACUCGUUUCAAGUGAAAGAAGACACACUACCAGGAACAAUUGUGGGAAAAGUGGAAACACAGUUUGAGAGUCUCACAGCUAUCACAUACUCAGUUCAUGAGGAUGACGGUGAGAACCUAUUCCUUCUCAGCCCUUUCUCGGGGGAGUUCCUAUUAACCCGCAGCCUGGAUUUUGAAGCACAAAGGUUCUACAUUCUCACAGUGGAGGCGCAGCAGGGGGAUCUGCAGGUAUCUGGUAUCAGGGUGUAUUUCAAUUUGCUAGAUGUGAAUGACAACCUCCCUGUUUUCAGUCAAGAUACCUUUUCUGCAGUGUUAUUGGAGAACACAAACAUUGGAACUUGUUUCCUGUCUCUGAAUGUGUCAGAUAAAGAUGAGGGUGAUAAUGGAAAAAUGACACUGAGAGUGAUCAGUGGUGACGACGAGGAAGUGUUUGUCACAGAUUCAACUGGUACCUUAUGCCUUAACAAACCUCUGGACAGGGAGAGACAGUCCUACUACAAUCUGACUGUGGCAGCCAAUGACUGUGCCCAGCCUGCAUCUUUACAAUUCACAAGUACAGCGCGUGUUAUUGUGAUUACUGAAGAUGUCAACGACAAUGCUCCAAUGUUUGUCUCAGCCGAAAGUGUUAGUAUACCAGAAGACACUGCACUGCAUUCUGUUGUAAUAACUGCUCAUGCUGAGGAUGAAGACGCUGGAUCCAACGGGAGGGUUUUGUAUUAUUUAAACACCUCCGGUGGGAUAUUCAGCAUUGAUAACAGAAGUGGAAAGAUAUACCUGGAGGAGUUAUUAGACAGAGAAGAAGUAGAUACUCUGACUGUUACUAUAAUAGCUACUGAUGAAGGCUUACCCAUGCUGGCAACCACUAUGAAACUCACAGUGCAUGUUGAGGAUGUGAAUGAUCAUGACCCUGAGUUUUUACAAAGCAGUUAUAACCUGACAGUCAGAGAGGAUAUCCCCAGGGGAACAAGCCUGCUGCAGGUUCAGGCUCACGAUCAAGACAUUGGAUCCAAUGGACAAGUACGGUACAUGUUGGCCCAGAUUGGUCCAUUUGUGGUGGACAUAAUUCGAGGAGUUCUCACAGUCAUGGAUGAACUAGAUAGAGAGAGGGACUCAAACUACACAUUGAUGAUAACUGCUGUAGAUCGGGGGAACAUACCCAGAUCUGCUAGUGCUGCAAUCCAUAUCACAGUGAUGGAUGUCAAUGACUUUGCACCCCAGUUUGUUCCAGAAACAUUGACCAUUCAUGUGAAGGAGAAUGAGGAGGAUCCAACUCAGUUAACAUAUCAGGUCUCAGCUUUGGAUGAAGAUUUAGGAAACAACAGUCAGCUUACCUAUUUUACAGAGAAAGGAAAUGGAUAUAAUUUAUUUUCUAUCACUCCCAGUGGCACAUUUCAUAUUUUGCACACCUUAGACAGAGAGAAGGAGUCGCUAUAUAUAGUCACCAUCACUGCUGUUGAUUCAGGACUGCCAUCCCUAACAGGCACUUUGACUGUGCACAUCAUAGUUGACGAUGUCAAUGAUAAUCACCCAGAGUUUACCGAGGAAGUCUACAACACCAUAGUGCCUGAGGACAGUCUUAUAGGCACUGUGUUUGCUGUGAUAAUCGCUUCUGAUGUCGACGAGGGUGUCAGUGGGGAAGUAAGCUAUUCUAUGGAAAACCUCAAUGUGCCUUUCGCCAUUGAUGAAACAUCUGGAGAGCUAUUUACAACAAACAUACUGGACAGGGAGACAGUGGCCAUUUACAGUUUGGAAGUGACUGCGAGUGAUAAGCAUCCCAUUCAGCCUCUGUCCAGCUCUGUGCUUGUUACUGUACUUAUUGGAGAUAUUAAUGACCACUGGCCCCAGUUUAUGAAUGGGCCUUAUGUGGCCUAUGUGCCAAUCGAGUUAGCUCCAGGCUCUGUUGUUUGUGCAGUGAGAGCAUCAGAUGACGACACUGAGAUCAAUGCAGAACUACAUUAUUCGUUACAGGGAGAAAGCUCUGAUAUGUUUUCAAUCGAUCCUUACAGUGGCACUGUUUUCACUUCAGCAGCUCUACAGUCAGUGGAUGAUGUUAUUGUCACUGUGCGUGUGGAAGAUUCUGGGGAAGAUCCCAAAUUUGACACCACAACUAUUAGUGUCAGGUUUCAGAACACCGCUGAUUUCCCAAAGAUGAACGUGGAUGUUCUGAGUUAUUCCCUCACAGAGGAUGAGCGAGUGGAAACACUGGUGGCUGUGGUAUCUGCCCUGAGUAUUAGAGCUGAACCUGUCACUUUUUUUCUCGCUUCUGGAAACUUUGAAAACAUGUUUCACAUCGAUCAUUCAAGUGGAGCCCUGAUAGUAGAGAGACCAUUGGAUUUUGAGAGCAAAAAAGAGUUGUCUUUGUUGAUAGAAGCCAGAGACUCAGGCUUGCCUCCUUUCUCCUCUUUUUCUGAAAUUCACAUAAACAUCACUGAUGCAAAUGAUAAUUUUCCACAGUUUACUCAAGCUGAGUACAGGUGUGAGGUUUUUGAGAACUCCCCGCCUACCGUGGUUUGUGAUGUACUUGCAAUUGAUGCAGAUUCUGGCUAUUAUGGCACAGUGCAAUACAACAUAACAGACGGAAACCACGGUAACUUCUUCACAAUUGACCCUGAAAAUGGUUACUUGAGUACCACUGUAAGUUUAGACAGAGAACAUAUUCCUGAAUUUAAUUUAACAGUUGAAGCAGAAGAACUAGAAAACACGCUUCACAAAGACAAAGCAACUGUUAUCAUCACUGUUUUAGACAGAAAUGAUAAUGCCCCUCUAUUUUCUCAGAUUUUUCUCACAGAGGUGUCUGAAGAUACCCCUGUUGGACAGACAAUUAUAAAAGUCACCUCUACAGAUGAUGACACUGAUGCCAAUGCAGUGAUUAAUUACUUGAUAGUUGAGCAAAGUGAUGACAUGCUUUUUAAUAUUGAUUUCACCACUGGCUACAUCACCGUUGAAGGAGUUUUGGACAGGGAAAUGCAGGAUCAUUAUAUCCUUAAAGUAAGUGCAAAUGAUUCAGCAUGGAGUAUAAGCACAGAUGUGACUAUAGUCAUUUUAGACGUCAAUGAUAACAGACCAGUAUUUUCUGAACAUUUCUAUAGCAUUAUCCUCCCUGAAACAAAAGAUGAAGAGGCGUUUGUUUUGCAGAUUCUUGCUACAGAUGCAGACAUUGGGAAAAACAGUGAGAUUUUCUAUGUUAUUGACCCUCCACAUGAGGAGUUUUGGCUGAACGCUACCACUGGUGAAAUCUAUACAAAGCAGCCCAUGAUGUUACGUGACUGUAAUUUUGAAAUCUAUCAAUUUAUGGUUACUGCUUUUGACCGUGGCAGUAUCCCCCUACAUAGUAAUGUCACUAUCAGAGUAAGAUUAGAACACUACAACAACCACCCUCCUAUGUUUUUCCCUUUACAACCCUUGAUGGCUAUUCCUUAUCACCUGGCUGUGGGAAGUGAGGUGGUCCAGUUUACAGCAGUAGAUCUGGAUGUCAAUGGCAAUAGUAGCAUUAAGUAUUUUUUGAAUGGAGGAAAUGCAUCUGAUUUCUUUUGGAUUCAAGGUGACACUGGAAAACUAAUUUUAAAUCAGACUUUAGGAGAGAAUGAAAAUCAGAUCCUCACUUUAAUAGCUGUGGUUGAAGAUGAGGGCACCCCCCCUUUAACAUCCCAAGCUGAAAUCACUUUCCAAAUUACUGGGAGGAAUCAAUUUACUCCGAGCUUUAGCGAAUCUUAUGUUACUUUCUCUGUCCCUGAGGACCUGCCUGUAGGAUCAGUAAUAGGAAAUAUUCAAGCAGAAGAUGGGGAUUAUGGUCCCAAUGGGGAGAUCACAUACAACAUUACCCCAGAAAAUCAAUUUUUACCACUAUCUGUGGGAGAAUUUUCAGGACUGAUAACACUGAUCAGAGAGCUUGACUUUGAAGAACAAAGUAUUUAUCAUUUCCAAAUUAAAGCUAAAGAUGAGGGCUGGUUCUCUAAAACUGGCACAUUAAAUGUCACGGUGUUAGUCAUGGAUGUGAACGACAAUCCCCCAGUCUUUUCAUCCUCAGAGUACAUAACAUCAGUUCGUGAAAACUCAGCUGUUGGAAUGAAUGUUCUCGAUGUAACAGCCACAGAUAUUGACUCAGGUGUAAAUGCACAAAUAUUCUACUCUCUCAUUGGUGGCCAUAUAGAUAAAUUUGCAAUUGAUUCAGGAAAUGGCACCAUCACCACUUUGGCCAUGUUUGAUUAUGAGCAAGAGCAGAUGUUUGAUUUAACAAUCAAAGGUUCCAAUACUGGAGGACAUGCUUUAUUUAGUUUAGCACAUGUUGUCAUCCAAAUCUCAGAUGUUAAUGAGUUCACGCCUAGAUUCAUCAAAAAAGAAUUUAACUUCUCAGUACUUAAAAACGUGCCUAUUGGAACUGUUGUUGGAAAAGUGAUGGCUACAGAUGGUGACCGAGGCUCUGAAGGUCAAGUGUUUUACUUUUUGUUUGCCAGGAAAAAAAAAAAGAGCUUUGAAAUUCACGAACGUUCUGGAGACGUAUAUACGACCAAUAGUUUGAGGAAACAAGGCAACAGCCAUGUAGUUUUGAAAGUUCUGGCCAAGAACUCUGGUGUUAUUACUGGCACAGAUAUAGAUGAGACUUUUGUCCACGUCAGUGUGAUUGACACAAAUGAAGCUCCCAUGUUCACAUCUCCCCGCUAUAUGGCGAAUGUUACAGAAGACACCCCAAUUGGGACAUCUGUUGCAACUGUGAGUGCUGUGGACGAGGACUCCAUUGUUAACUGGAAUCAUUUCUUCUUCACCAUUGAGCAUGGAAACACAAAUUUCUCCUUCUCUAUUGAUCCAUCUAAUGGUAUCAUUUCUGUGAAUUCUCCACUGGACAGAGAAGUCUGGCCAGUCUAUAAUCUUACUGUUAUAGCCACAGAUAAUGGCUCUCCACCAGCCACUGGGACUACUAAUGUCAUUGUGACUAUUGGUGAUAUUAAUGACAAUGCCCCCAAACUCACAUCAACUGAAGCUCAUGUGAGAGAAAAUCAACCUGAAGGCACCAUAGUCACUAAAUUAACUGCAUUUGACUCUGAUUUACCACCCAACCAAGGCCCUUUUAUGUACUGGUUAUUAGACUCCUCGGUGGCCAGUGCUUUUUCUCUCACUCCUGAUGGAGUUCUGCUCACCACCCGCCCAAUUGAUCGGGAACAAAUCUCUGCAUAUCAAGUGCUUGUGGCUGUCAGGGAUUCAGGAUUUCCCUUGCCACUAUCAUCAACAUCAACCUUCCACAUCAGGGUUGUGGAUGAAAACGACAACCCUUCAAUGGCAAGAAAUAUCUUUAUUGAGGUGAAAUAUUUUGGUAGUUCUUUCCAAGGUGGCAUGAUUGGUAAUGUCCAUCCUGAGGAUCAGGAUGAGUCUGACAGAUUCAACUGCACCAUCAAAAGUGGGCCAACUCACAUGUUCACAAUCCUUAAUGGCACAUGUGAGCUGUGGUCUUUUCCCUUUCAAGGCGAAGCUACGUUUAACAUCUCCAUUGAAGCUACAGACCAGCUGCACUUUCCCGUAAACAACAGCGUCUACGUUAACUACAAAGGUUUUACAAACGCUUCUAUAGACAAUUGUAUAUUAUUCUAUGUGUCAUCAUCUUCAGUAGAGCAGUUUUUGUCUAAUAACUAUUUGAGGUUUGUAAAAGCUCUGGAUAGUCUGUUUAACCUACAAGCCUCUAAGACUCAUGUAUUUGGAAUCAAACAUAUUGGGUGGGAAAUCCUUCUGUUGGCUGCAGUCAAAAAUUACAACGGUCAGUACCUUAGCAGAGAGGUGGCGAGUGGUAUAUCAUCUGGACACAAGAAAUUACUGGAGGCUCAGAGCAAUGUGACAAUUUCUCACAUCACCAGUGAUCCAUGUCUGAGCAGCCCUUGUCAAAAUGGAGCAUCAUGCCACAAAAAUAUUUACAUCAGCCAGGAGGUUGCUGUCCUUGAAAGUGUAGCGGUCAUCUUUGUUGCACCAAAGAAAGAGAUUUUUAACUGUACUUGUCCAUCCGGAUUUACUGGUUCACUGUGUGAAGAAGAAAUUGAUGAAUGUGAGCUAAAUCCCUGUGAGAAUAAAGGCACAUGUGUGAAUACAGUGGGAAGUUUCUUCUGUCACUGUCAGGUUGGCUUCUCUGGUUCCCACUGCGCUGCUGAUGUCAAUGGAUGCCUGAAGGUGAAGUGCCAAAAUGGUGGGACUUGUAUCCCCUCCGAGGAUGGAUAUCAGUGCCACUGUGUGCCUGGAUUUGGAGGAGAAACCUGUGAUGAGUUCAUAGACUACUGCAAAUCAUCACCCUGUGUUCAUGGUAUCUGCAUUAAUUCACAAACAGGAUUCUCUUGUAAUUGUCACUUUGGAGUCAGUGGAGUCCGGUGUGAGGAUCACAGUUAUGGCUUUGAGGAGCUGUCCUUCAUGGAGUUUCCACCACUGGAUCGUAGGACUAAUUUAAUCUCUUUGGAGUUUGCCACAAUGCAGAGGGACUCCCUCCUCCUCUACAAUCCAGGAGGUUCAAACAGCAGAGAGUUCUUUGCACUGGAGAUACUGGAUGGAGCAGUACAUCUCUCUUAUGAUCUGGGUUCAGGACCUGUGAGGUUGCAAACAUACAAGCAAGUUGCAGAUGGAUAUUUUCACAGUGUUAUUGCCAGGAGGAUUGGCAGUAUGGGUUCACUGCAUGUGGACAACUGCACGGAUGACGAAAACAAUAGAUUCUGUUUUUCAACGAAUGAUGGAAUUAUUUCAGAAAGGACACUUGAUGUUGGCAACAGUAAUAUGACCUUUGGAGGAUUAAGAACUACUGAAGCUAUUUUAGUGCAUCCUUCUCAGAUAAGAACCCAUGACUUUGUUGGAUGUAUCCGAAACUUUCAUGUUAAUGGCAUCCUCCUGAGACCCUCAAUGGCCCUAGCGGCAUAUAACAUCUUUGACAGGCAGGCUUAUUAAAAUUAGUGCAUGUAGAUGUCUUUAUACUUUAA